AUGCGCUUCAUCACCGCUCUCGCUGGCACUCUCUUCGCUAGCUCCUCCUACGCCUCUACAGGCCUCAUCCACACCCUCGAUCAAGAGCACUGCGUCCUUACCUUCGAGGACUUUGGAGGGUGGUCCGGAACUACACUGCCCAUCGGAAAGUGGCACUGGGAUACAAACUCCUGCUCUACCGACGAUUACAGUAUGCCGAAGUACACUUGGCCUCCUGGAGACUCGAAGUAUAUCAAUGUGUUUUAUAACUUCGCCGAUUACCAUGAGGGUGGUCCGGGAUAUACCAGCAUUGUGAUAGGCCCGGAGCCGCUGAAGAUAUUCUGGACUGCCCUUGAUCCUAACAUUGUGGGAACUGUUCAGGAGUUGCCAUUUGUCAAGGAUGGUUUUGCUCCUGGUCUUUAA